ACCGACCUGCUCCGUCAGGUGCGGUCGCCUUCCGAGGUGUCUUGGCCUGCGGGGCACUCGUAGCCGACCCUUUCCCAGGUGACGCACAUUCGAGCCGCCGUCGCUCGGCGGCACGGGUUCGAGUCCCCGCUUCGGCCGCCAUGGCGGACGCGGAGCCGGAGGCUGAGGACGGCAGCGAGGGCGGUGGCGGCGGCCGGGCUCCCCCGGGCCAAAUCGGCAGCGCCGCGCGCGUGGCCCCGCUGGGCCCCGAGCAGCUGCGGCGGGUCCUGGAGCAGGUGACGAAGGCGCAGCCGCCCGCCGAGCCGCCGCCGCCCUUCGUGCUGCAGGACGCGGCGCGGCGGCUGCGGGACGCGGCCCAGCAGGCCGCCCUGCAACGGGGCCCCGGCGCCGAGCCCCCGCGCCCGCCGCGCCUGCUGCCGCCCCAGCAAUUGGAAGCCAUUUGUGUCAAGGUAAUAUCUGGAGACACAAAAGGUCAGGAAAGGCCUAUGCCCCCACUGGCCACUAUCCAGCCUAAGGCAGCCAGGCUGAGCCAGCCGCCCAGGAGGCACUCCAGCAUGUUGGGGCUCAGCGUCGCCAGCCCUCAGCUGCUCAGGGCACAGCCCCUCCUGAGCACCGGGCCACAGCCGUGUUUCCUGAGUCACUCACCUCAGCCUCCUCUUCAGGUGUUUGUACAGAGACCACUGCCCGCCCUCCGACCAGUCCCUGCGAAGAGAGUCACAGCCCCCGAGGCUCCGAGUAGACAGGGCACCACGUUGGCGCCUUUGUCAGCCUCUGACCUACCAGCAAUAGCGUCUGUUUCCACCAGUUCAGCAGACUUUUUUAUUUCCAACUUGCAUACAAAACACACUGAGAAACUAAAAAAAUCUUUAAAAGUGAAAACACGUUCUGGACGGAUAUCUCGACCUCCCAAGUAUAAAGCUAAAGAUUAUAAAUUCAUAAAAACAGAGGAUUUGGCUGACGGUCACCCAUCAGAUUCUGACGAUUAUUCAGAACUGAGCGUGGAAGAGGAUGAAGACCAGAGGGAAAAGCAGGCGCUCUUUGACUUGUCGAGCUGCUCUCUGAGGCCCAAAACUUUUAAGUGUCAGACUUGUGAAAAGUCAUACAUAGGAAAGGGAGGACUAGCCCGGCAUUUUAAACUCAAUCCUGGCCACGGCCAGCUGGAACCUGAGAUGUUGCUGUCUGAGAAAGCCAAUGGGAGCAUGAUCCGCGGCCGCGAGGAGAGCAGGGCCGUUGGCCUGCCGUCCCCGGAGCUGUCCACGCCAGCUCUUCUAAGUGAGGAAGGGGCCUGGUCAGCACGGGGUGGCCUGCAGUCUGUAGAAGUUGAAGAAGCGUUGGUGUCUGAACUAGAAAAUGGAAGUUAUUCAGCCCUUUCGGGAUCAGAGAGACAUCCAGGUCCUAGAAAAAGUGGCUGCUGCAUCACCCCUGCGGAGUCCAGCACAGCUGUCGCCGAGCAGAGCAGAGCAGCUCACCUGCACACAGGCGCUGGUGCAGCAGGUGCGCCGAGCACAGCAAGGAGCAGAGCCAGGCUUAAGGAGUUUCUCCACCAGUGUGACCGGGAGGAUCUAGUGGAGUUGGCUCUGCCUCAGCUGGCUCAGGUUGUGACCGUGUAUGAAUUUCUUCUGAUGAAGGUUGACACAGGUCAUCUAGCAAAGCCUUUUUUCCCAGCCGUCUAUAAGGAAUUUGAAGAGUUGCAUAAAAUGGUUAAGAAAAUGUGUCAAGAUUACCUCCGUAGUUCUGGUCCAUGUUCUCAGGAGCCCCUGGAAAUAAACAAUGAUAAGGUUGCUGAGUCGUUAGGAAUCACAGAAGAAUUCCUGAAGAAAAAAGAAAAACACACAGAUUGCAUUCCAGCCAAGUGCAUCAGCCGAGAGAGAGAAGGGGAGGUGCUAGAGGAAGCUAGCCAACAGAAGAGGGAAAAUGAGAGCGUAGAAGAGGGGCCAGCCUCAGUGAAAAGGACCAGAAGAGAAUCUCUGCCCCAGGACACCAGUGAGUACUUUGCCGACAGCGGAGGCCAGCAGAAGCCAGUCUUGUGUGCUCCAGCUGCCAGUGAGGGUUUUGCCCCUCAAGUAAAUGGGAAUGCCUCGCACCGUUCUGAAGACAGCCAUGUGAUGCCGGUUUCUAACAACCAUGGAAGCAUAGCCCAUGCAGGCCAGCAGCUGAAAGCAUUUGCUGACUUAGAAGCCAGGAGUGGGUCUGCAGACCCUGCUCUCUUGUGUCGGGAUGUCAGUGCGCCGGGUCUUUAUACUCAGUUAGGAGAGCCCAGGAUGCUGACCCAGGAACAGGUGGCAGCAUUCCCCGAAGAGAAUGUUCAGGAACACUCUUUAGACCAGGACGCUGGGGACAGCCUGAGGAGUCAGGGUUGCUGCAGCACCUUACUAUCCGCUGGAGGAGGGGAACCCCUGCUGCCCACCAGAUCUGGAAAAGCAGAGGUGGGAAACCUCUGUGAGAUGCCUGACUCCCACCUGAAGAGCCAACGGUCCAGCCCUGGUGAGGUCCUGCUUACAGAAGUUGCAGCCCCUCCACUGGAGAAAGUUUUGUCCAUGGACAUUGUGCCAGUAGACUGUGCCUACAGCACUGUAUCCGAGCUAGGGACUCAGGCCAGCCAGGACGGAUCGCUGUCUACUGUAGGGGGUCUCAGAAGCCAUGUGGGGGCCUUGGAUCAGUUCCCCUGCGGGACCAAGGUGCACACUGACCGGAGAGAACUGGAGAGCAUUGUUGCCGUCGGUGAAGCCAUGGCUUUUGAAAUUACCAACGGGUGCCAUGAGUUGUUGCCUCAGGAACAGGAGCAGAUAUUUAUUCAGACUCCUGAUGGACUUAUUUUGUCCCAUUCAGGUUCCAUAGUGUCUGGGGUGGAGAACAUUGUCAUAGUGACUGAUGCAGAGGGGCCUGCCCUGCAGACAGGCCCACUGGAAGGGGUUCCUUUAGAAACCGUGGAGGCAGAGCCAUCACAGUGAAGUGGAGUCAGAACCACAGUCCUAGAGUUGUAUGUAUUUUAUCCAGAGAAGGUCUAUUUCAAGUAAUGUAUAUUUUUCUAAUGUGAAUACUGACACAAAUGAACAUUUUAUUUAUAAAGAAUAAUGUCUUUCUACCUCACUGUCUACCUUUUUCUAUAUCUUAGUCUUGGUAAUAAUGGCAGAUAUGGUACCUGAUAAUGAAUUCCUCUGAUACAGCUAACGCUUAGAAGCUUUUGAUGACCAUCACAGUUAAUACCACUACACCAUUAUCUGAUUGUCUGCCCUGCUCCCCAAAACUAUGCCCCCUUCUCUCCUCGGUGAUAUGCUGCUUUUUCACCAUAUCUGGGUUCAAUAAAAUAAAUAAAUAGAUAGAUAGACAGAUAUGCUAGCCAUUCUGGGCAGCACUUUGUUGGGAAGUAGGAAAGAAAAUGGUUUCUACAUGCAUUUUUUGGAUGAGGGAAAUGAGGCAUGAAUAGGUCCUUGGCGAGGUUAGAGCCCCAGUCCUUUGAUGGCCCACUUAUAAGGUCACUUAUCAAGUUCCCUUCUUUUGAAUGUUUUCCUUGGCUCUGUUAUAAGGAAGGAGAGGGAGAACCAUUUGUCUACACUCAGGUGAGAACAUCAGAAGGGUGUAGCUCUCCUCUCCCUGCACUGGCAGAGACUGUCAGGAGAGACCCUGAGCAUGCAGAGCUGGGAUCAUGGGCUGCCCCCCACUGUGGUGCUGUGCUCCUUCUGGGGCUUGCUGUGGAGGGCUGGGCUUUAUUCUCGGGGACCAGCAUUUCGUAUAGCCCUUUCAGUGACUGGAGGCAUUUUCCUAUCCUCUCACUUGAUCUCAAAGCAGGUUCAAUAGGAACAGAAGGGCAGGUGUCCUAGCAGGACGGAACGGCCAGCAUUGAGCAAGCCACAGCUUCUAGGAGAGUUGGGUUCGAGGGUCAUGGUGUGGUGCAUCCUGUGGACUCAGGGGCACUUCUCGGGAGUUCAGAGUGAGUCCCAUUCUUGAAUCCUGGAUUGUGGACAGAGCUUCCUGUCUGAGGAUCGUUCAUAACCCCCAUUGGGCAACUAACACAACAAGCUGGGUCAAAUCUGACCACGGUCUAGACUGAGGCCCUGUUAAAUACGCAUUUAUUUUCUGUUUAUAGGACAUUACUCUUUUGAAUAUCCCAACAUAUCUUAAUUUCACCACUGUGUAUGUGCUACUGUAAAUGGAUAGUGAAUUUAACUGAUGGAAUAAAAAUGUACCCUCA